AUGCUGCUCGUACUGCGAUUUUACGAUAUGCUGAUCGACCUCGCCUCGAGUAUAGAUCAUGUGUACACACUUCAGCGGGAAUUACGAUAUGCUGAUCUACCAUGCACCAGCCGGUCCGUGCACGGUCAAACCCGGUUCGGCUCGGUGGACCGUUCGGGUCGACUUGUGCUGCGGUUGCCCACGUGGCACGGCUUGAUGAGACUUAGGUCUUGGCCAGUCGGUAAUAUUCAUCGUCAUUCAUCGCCAUCUGUCCAUAAGAUAUCAAUUCCAGUUCGACUUAUGCUUCCAAACUCAAUAAAUAUCAGGAAUUCCUUAAAGUGGGCUUCCAAUUUCAAUUUGCUUUCAUCGUCAUGCGGCGUUUCAUAUCCAAGAUUACCAAAUGGCAUUGGCGUCAAAGGAACUUCACCUGGUGGAAAUAUGUGUUCCUCGCGAGUAAAGGCUACUGUUGAAUCAGCUAUGAAUAUGGAUCACAUUUGGUUACUUCUUUUAGCAACUGGCAAUAUCAAGUUGUUUCCUGUGGCCAACAGUGCAAUCAUGCCUCUCCUUCCACACAACAGCAGUAAUGAACGUACAAUAAGAAGCUGCCUUGUUAAUGGAACCAUACUAAACAUGUACUCCACUUCAUGUGAAAAACUUCCAGCGGACACACCUAAAGAUAGUCAAGUAUCUGACAUGUUAUCCGACUCAUUCGGGAGGCUACAUACUUAUUUAAGGAUCUCGUUGACUGAACGUUGUAAUUUGCGGUGCCAGUACUGUAUGCCUGCUGAAGGUGCAGAGCUUACUCCUAACCCUCAGCUUCUAUCUCAGGAUGAGAUUAUUCGCCUAGCAAAUCUGUUUGUCACUUCUGGUGUUACCAAAAUUCGGCUGACUGGUGGUGAGCCGACUGUAAGGAAAAAUAUAGAAGAAAUUUGCUUGCAGCUCUCGAGGUUGAGUGGAUUAAAGACACUUGCAAUGACGACUAAUGGAAUCGUCCUGGCUAAUAAACUUCCGAGGUUAAAGGAGUGUGGGCUUAGUUUACUCAACAUAAGUUUAGACACUUUGGUUCCGGCCAAAUUUGAAUUUAUGACUAGGCGAAAGGGACAUGAAAGAGUGUUGAAGUCCAUAGAUGCUGCUAUAGAGUUGGGAUAUAAUCCUGUCAAAGUAAAUUGCGUUGUUAUGCGUGGAUUCAAUGAUGACGAAAUAUGUGAUUUUGUUGAGCUGACACGCGAGAAGCCAAUCAAUGUACGGUUUAUUGAGUUCAUGCCAUUUGACGGGAACAUAUGGAAUGUGAAGAAACUUGUACCUUACGCUGAACUUAAGGAUAUUGUGGGUAAACAAUUUACAGGGCUAAAAAGGAUUCAGGAUGACCCCACAGAGACAGCCAAGAAUUUCUCUAUCGAUGGACAUCAGGGUACAGUUUCUUUCAUUACAUCAAUGACGGAACAUUUUUGUGCCGGUUGUAAUAGAUUGAGACUUCUAGCUGAUGGGAACUUUAAAGUUUGCCUCUUUGGUCCUUCGGAGGUUAGCUUGAGGGACCCUCUACGAAGUGGUGCUGAUGAUAGUGAACUUAAAGAGAUUAUUGGGGCAGCGAUCAAAAGGAAGAAGUCGGCUCAUGCUGGAAUGUUUGACAUCGCGAAGACGCCAAACAGACCAAUGAUACAUAUUGGUGGCUAGUGUCUAUGAGCCAUUUUGCAUAAUUAUGUAUGUUACUCUCAGCUGGAUUUUGUUUUACUCUUUGCUUAAGCUGUGGUUUUCUCUUUUCUGUAUGCAACUUAGCAGAAUGAAGAUUUGCACCCACAUUCUCAAUAGAGAAUCUACUCUCAUUCAAAUACAUUUUUCCUUCUGCUAUAAUAAAUCUCAGCGCAUAUGUAACUAUGAUUGACAUCUAUUUAACUUCAGUGAAUGAACUGUGAGCCGGUGUUAGAUGAAACUCAUUACCAGUGGACUUUGGAUGUGCUGCAGUUAGUAUAAUUAUUUUGAGCUAUUCCCUGCUGUUUUAUGUAAGUUUUAUUUGCAGUUGAAAUGAUCUGUCGUUCUGUCUAACUGCUCCAUGGAACGAGCACUAUUGGUUGUAAAGUUUUCUUAUUGGAUGUGAAAGUGCGUCCCCAAGUGCUAAGGGCAUAUAGAAAUGGAUAAUUUCUAUUCAUAACUUAAAUGCUAAGGCAAAACCUCUAAAUUGCUCGUGUGGAAUUUCUAUACUCACGAUUUGCUUAUGCCGUCGAUCACGCUCCCAUGGAAGAAGAGAGGAACUAAAUGAGAAUGUUUCAAAUGAAGCCAUGUUCUUGUGACAACUCUUAAGGAUGUACAUUAUCACUUUAGAACUUUAAAAGUUUAAUAGAGUGAAAUUUUCAAGUUCCUUUUGGAAAAUACCAAUGCUGUUUUUCUCAUACAGUUUUGAUGUAUAUUAUCGUCGUCUUUGAGCAGCAAUUCUACCCAUCAUACCAAAAAUAGAAACACAGUUCGGGGGAGAGAGAGAUUAAUAUUUAUCUUGUUUGAUAACUUUCAGACUGACAUAUAUAAUGCACGGAAGACAAUCCCAUUUGUGUUUUUCAGUAUGGCUUAGAACUUGGCUCUUAUGGCUUGCCCUAAUUGGUC